AUGAGAAUCAUUUCAGUAGCAAGGCUUUCAAGCAUUGUUUUUAACAGUACUAAAAGCGAAUUAAUUCUACGCACCAUGAGUAUCGACAUAGGAGGUAUGAGAAUAAAAUAUAAAGAUAAGAAUGAGACUUUCCUAGAAAAACAUUUGGUAUCAAAGGAACCUUUUGGACAAUUUGAUGCUUGGUUUAAGGAAGCUUGCGGUAAAAAAGAAAUUUUAGAACCAAAUGCAAUGUGCUUGGCUACAGCUACAAAGGAUGGAUACCCCUCAGCAAGAUUUGUACUGUGUAAAGGUUAUGGAAAGGAGGGCUUUAAAUUCUUCACAAACUAUGGCAGUAGAAAGGCACAAGAAAUGGCGGAGAAUCCUAAUGUGGCAGCAACAUUUUACUGGGAAGUACUAAAUCGGUCCAUAAGGAUCGAAGGUUGUGUUGAAAAACUUUCAGAAGAGGAAUCAACAAAAUAUUUUCAUACUCGACCUGUACCGAGUCAAAUAGCCGCUGCGACUAGUUAUCAAAGUACUCCUAUUGAAUCCAGAGAUAUAUUGUGUGAAAGAGAAAGCGUUUUAGAGAAGGAAUACUUGAUACCAGAAAAAGAAGUUCCAAAACCAAAGUUCUGGGGCGGUUAUAUCAUUCGUCCUAAAUCAGUUGAAUUCUGGCAAGGACAAAGAGAUCGACUCCAUGAUAGAAUAAAGUUCCGGAAACCCAAGGAAGGUGAAGUGCCCGAUGGAAAGUUACUGCAUCAGGGCGGAGACGGUUGGGUCUAUGAAAGACUUUCACCAUAA